AUGACGUUCGAGGAGGCACUCAAAAAGUUGAUGAAAGAAAAAGAUGAUUUGGAAGAAUUACUUGCAGUUCACUACGCUAAUGCUAAAUACGACGAGCAACUGGUUGACGCUCAUGGAUUCCCCCGUGCUGACCUAAACAUAGAAGAAAUCAGAUUCGCUCGGAACCGCUUUGUUUGCGCGCAAAAUGAUCACAAAGAUAUCAUGAAAAGAAUCGAAGCCGCGCUUCACGACCUCCACAAGUUCAAAAAAGGGCCGUCAUUGCCUCGAAAGUUCCAAGAAGUUCCUCUUGAAACCACUUAUAAAAACUACAAACAAAUUUGCUACAUAAAAGUGAUUCAGCCCGGAAGCCCAGCUGAUUUGGCGGGACUGAUGGAAGGAGACGCGGUUCUACGGGUGGAGAAUUUGAUUGAAAAAGACUACACACAUGCUCGGGAAAUGAUGAAUAUCAUCAAAUCGAAAGCGAAUAGCUCCGUGGAAUUCGUCAUCCGCCGCAAGUUUCCUACCGAAGAGACAAAGAUCGUCAUCGUUCAUCCAAAAAGUGGAACGGUCCCGGUCUCACUGGCUGCACUUUCACCGAUAAUAUCACAAACCUUACCGAAGCCCAAGAACAUCAACAAAUGA